AUGUACCUCUUCUCGUGCUCGUUCAACUUUACUUCGUGCUACGCGGUCCAGAUCGAGCCCUUUGCUCAGGCGGCAAAACGGCCGGCGGUUGUUGCUGAUCCUGCUAACAACCGCGUCUUUGUUGCCUCCCCGGCCCAGUACAACAGCAACCACCUGCAUGUCCACCGCUGUAUCAACGGUGGUCAAUCGUGCGACCUCACCGUAGACGUUUCAACGCUCGCCUCACAGGGCAUCAACUCGGGCCUGGCGCCGUCCAUCGCCUAUGACUCUGUCACCUCGACCGUCUACAUCGCUGUGCAGAACAACUUUGCCGUCACUAACAGGGCCUUUGUCUUCAAGUGCAAUGACGACCUGAGCGCGUGCUCCAUCCACAACGCCUCGGGCGGCGCCGUCGACGAGUCAGGCAUUGAGCCGUCUAUCGCCAUCGAUGAGGUCGGUCGCCUCGUCUACGUCGCCACCACUGACACUCGCUCAGCCGAGUCCAAGGCCCGCGUCGUCGUAUGUGACAUGAACAUUUCUUCUUGCACCGGCUACGACAUCUCGCCCACAAACAACGCCGUCUCCAACGUCAACAUCGCUCUCAAUGCCGCUGACCUCGUCUUCUAUGUCUCGUAUAUCAACGAGGGCGCGUCGGGCUUCCUCUGGCUCUCCCGCUGCUCCACGGUCGACUUUUCCUGCACCGACGAACUGGUCGAGGCCAACUCUGGUACAGCCUACGCUAACGUCGACGUCGACACAACCGUCUCUCCGCCAAAGGUCUACACCUCGUUUGCCGACAGCUUUACCACCCCGGUCGUCGCCAUUUCGGCCUGUCCCGUCACCUGGGAUCGCCCCACCAACUUGGCUGGCGCCUCGCUCGCUUCACCCGACAUUGUCUGCUCCUCGCUCUUCUCCAACGCCGCAAUCCUCGGAUCCUCGGCUGCUUGCACCUGGGCCACGCCCUCCAAACUCACCGUCGUCCUCGGCGCGUCACCGACCGCCGUUCCGGGCAACAUGCUCCUCUUCGCCGCUCCUGUUCUCGACGCCGCCACCCGCGCCGCCACCGGUGUCGUACUUCAGGCCGCCCCCAACUCGGCCCAGCCCGUUGCUAACCUCAUCGCGCCACCAACCGUCGACUCGUGUGGCACCAUCGCUAUCGAUGCCACCACCUCGUCGGGCAUCCGCACCCAGACUACGUUUCGCCUCGUCUCGCCCGUCGACCUCGUCGUCUCGGCCGCCCUCGAUGCCGCCUUUCCUGCCUCGCGUAUCUCAAUUGAUGUCGGUGGUUGGCCGACUGCCACGCCGUACGUCUUUGAGGUCAACGUAACCGACUGGCUCGGCGUUUCGUCCUCUGCACAGACAACCGUUGUCAAGGAUCCAGGCACGCCGCUCAUCGCCCUCUCCGCCAAAUCCCUGGCCAUAACCUCGCGCACUCCGCUCGCCGUCGACGUCUCGGUCGCCUUUGCCGCAUGCCCUUCGGAUGCCACAACCCCAGUCGCCAUCUCCUGGUCCACUCUCUCCGGGCCAGUCGAUCCGUUCGCGACUGGUGUCGCUGACCCAGCCCGCAAUGUCCUUCUCCUUCCACCGGGAUCGCUCCCGCCGGGAUCGACUCACGUCUUCAAGGUCAACGUCUCCACCACUGCCCUCGCUGUUGCCAAGUCGUCAGUUGACACCGUCUCGGUCUCGGUCCGCUUCUCGCAGCUCGUUGCCCACAUUAAGGGCGGUGCAGCACGGACCAUCCUCUCCAAUGCUAACCUUGACCUUGACGGCUCCGCUUCCUACGAUCCAGACGCCGUCGCUGGCGGCCUCACCUACACGUGGUCGUGCUCUGCAGGCGGAAGCGCGUGCGUCUCCGCACCGUCUUCGGUUGAUUGGUCAAGUCCUUUGCUCUCCAUCCCGGUUGCCUUGCUCACCGCUCCCCUCGGCUCCGACAUGACUAUUACUCUCCGCGUUGCUCAAGGUGCCCGCUCCGCAACCACUACCGCCGUCGUCACCCGCGCAAACCUGCCGUUUGUCAGCACCCGCGCCGUCUGGCGUGACGACGACCUCGUGCCCAACGUCAACGAAGUCAUCAUCUUUCUCUCCGAGGUCCUGCCCGAGCUCGCCGACGACACCCUCGAGUUCCUCUGGGAUGAGUCAGCGAGCCGCAUCGACCUCCAUCCCGACAACGACACCCUCGCCACCACGACAGCCACCAUGCGCAACUUUGGCAUCCGCGCAAAUCGCAUGCGGACCGAGAUCGACUACGACUUUCGUCUCUACGUCCGUGUCAUCCGCGAGUCGGGCACCUUUGCCCGUGCUAGCCCUGGAACGCGCAUCACUUCGCGCUCUGUCGAUGCUGCCUGGCGUGCCGCCUACCCGCACGCCACCUUUCGCGGCUCGGCUACGGUUGUCGGCACCCGCGCCAUCUCUCCCUACUUUUUCAUCGCCUCGCAGCGUGUACUCCUCAACGCUGUCCCCGCAGGCGGCACUUUCACCACUAACGUCUCGUCCGAUGCUACCGCCGCCACCCUCGUCACAUUUACCUUUGCAGGCUGGACAGACGCAGACGACGACACCGUCCUCUACGCCAUCCAACAAGAGCUUCCCUCUGGCGACCGCGUCGACCUGGUGCCCUCGUCCAUCGGAACCUCGCACUCGGUCUACCUGCAGGCUGGCCUCGCCGCAGAUGACUUUCGGGUCUCGGUCAUCGGCAUUGUCUCCGACGACCGCUUCGGUGCUGCCCCGCCCGUCCGCCUCACUCUCCGCGUCCGCCCCUUCCCUGUCGCCUCAGGCUCACCAGGCGCCGCCGCUGCCUCGCUCAUCGACGGCAUCCUCGCCGACGCCAUCGCCCUCGGCAACACCCACCAGGCGCGCCAGCUCAUCUCCUCCAUCUCGGCAGUCCUCAACGGACCGCCGCCCACCCCGGGCGCCACCGUUGAUCCGGUUGCGCAGACCUCGCGCCUCCGUCUGUUCAACGUCCUUUCCUCGGUCUCGCGAGUCACCAACAGCACCGUCGGCGAACUCGCGCAGACCGCUUCCCUUCUCUCGCUUGUCCUCGGCACGCCUGCCGAGGUGUCACCAGCACUCACCAUCCGCGCCACUGCCAUGGUCCAGCAGCUCGUCGCCGGCCUCGUUGGUAAGCGCGUAUCCGAGGCCCAGGCCUCGUCGGUCUCGACCGCCCUUGCUGCCAUCAUCCGCGCCGACGGCGCCGCUGGCUCCUCCUCGGACGGAUCCGCCACAGCGACCGCUUUUGCUCUCCUCUCCGACGUGACUGACGCCCUCAUGGCCGACGCCGUCGACGGCAUGGCCCCGCUUGUCGCUUCCAACUCGAUGUUUCGCCUCGAGGUUCAGCAGUUUGCUGUCGCUAAUAUCGCCGCCAGCAAGCCGACCCGCGAUCCACAGGCCGCUGUCACCGUGGUCGAGGCCUGCUCCGCUUGCCUCGCCUUUUCCUCCAACCCGUACGCCUUUAACGGCGGCCGCCGUGUCGGCGACCCCAACGGCACCGUUGCCUUUGACGCCCUCUCGGCCGCUGUCAUUUCGCUCGAUUAUGCCACCACCCCGGCGUCUGCACUCUCGCUCGGCGCCGCGCUCCCAGCUGUUCAGGGCAAACUUGCUGUCGACCGCGCCCCGGAUCCCAUCCGCAUCGUCAUCCCGCUCAGCGGCGCAGAGCUCGGCGCAGAUGCCUGCGUCUUUUGGAGCGACGCCUUGGGCGGAUGGAACACCACCGGGUGCCAGGUCGGCACCGUCGUCCGCGGCUCCCACGCAGAGUGCGUCUGCAACCAUCUCACCACGUUUGCCGUCAACACUCUCGAUGCCUCGGACUUUGCCCGCCUCGGCAGCGUCGAGGACCAGCCCGAGGCCCUCAUCGUCGUCGUCAUACUCUGGGCCGCCUUCCUCAUCGCGCUCCCGUUCCUCUACAUGUACGACAUCCGUGACCGCGAGCUGCUCCUUGUCGACCGAACCGGCAAGCUCUCGGCCUUCCUCCGUGCCAAACGCGCCAAGAUCAGAGGCAAGAAGCACCUGCUUUGGCACACGCUCAAAGAGUCGAUGGUCCACAAGCACCUCUGGCUGUCACUGGCCCUCAAGCUCGAGGACGAUCCCUUCACUCGUGUCUUCCGUGCUGCCGUUCUCCUCACCACCCUCACUGCAGGCAUGGCCGUCGCUGCCGCUUUCUACCGCGACCAGGACGACGACUCGGUCUCGGGCACCCGCGGCCGAAUCACAGAGCUCGUCGUCUCGGUCAUCAUCGGGCCGGUUCUCUUUGGCCCGCUCACCCUCGCCGCCAUCCUCAUGCGCAAGUCCUCGGCCGGUACCGUCUAUGGCCUCCUCCCGCGCGAGCGCCAUUGGCUGUGGAUGAAUCCGAGUGCCUCGCCGGCAGACGCCAUCGGCCGUGGCGGCGAUCACCACUCGUUCGACAACGUCUCGCUCAUGCCCGACCGCUUCACAGAGAGUCUCUCGCUCUCGGAAUCUCGCGCCUCGUCGUCGUCGAGCGUCUCGGAGCAGGAGGAAGGCAGUUUCUCGUCGUCGUCGGCCUCGACCAGCACGUCAGCCUCAUCGUCAUCGUCUUCGCUUUCAGCCCGUGACGUCCACGACGCGCUAGCAGACGCCUUGCUCAUGACCACCGAGGCCGUCCGCAAGAAUCGCUACGACUUUUCAUCCUCGAUUGGCAGCGAUCGCGGGAUCCCGGUCGCCUCUGGCGUUGCCCGCAAGCGCCUCGCUGGCUCGUCGUUCUCGUCCGAGUCAGACGACGGCGCUACCAAGCUCGCUCAGCGCAAGGGCCCCCGUCGCUGUGGCUGCCUCUGCCGCAAGGCGUACAAGCCAACCGUCGACGAGAUGAUUGCGGCCCUCCCGCGCAACGUCCUUAACCUCGCCGCCUCGGAUUUUGCCCGCAUGGACCUCGAUGGCAACGGCUCGCUCGACCGCAGCGAAGUCGCCGUAAUCAUGUCUCACCGCGGCUGGAUCGUUGAACCCAAAGAGCUCGAAAACAUAUUCAAGGUCAUCGACACCGACGCCAGCGGCGCCAUUGAGUUUGAAGAGUUCCUCAGCGUCGUCGCCCUUCGCCACUACAAGCUUGCCGCGGAGGAGGAAGCCAUGCGCCAUGGCAAGCUCGCGGGUUGGUUCGGUUGGCUGGUCUUUGUCAUCCUGGUCGUCGUCUCGGCCGGCUGCUCGCUCCUGGUCAUCGUCUACGGCCUCAAGUUCUCGCGUCCGGUUGUUCACUCAUGGCUCCGCACCUUCUUCUACACCCUUGUUGCCGACAUUCUCUUCUUUGAGCCACUCAAGGUCAUCGGCGGUGUUCUCAUGGCUUCUGUCGCCUUCCUCUCCGACACAAAUCUAGCCGAGCUCACCAACCUCUUCUGA